AUGCUUUUGUGUGGAAAUCAUUUUUCAUGUCUAAAUCUUAAGCUUCCAUUACAGCAAACAGACAAUCACGAAGUUUCUUUUAUGUGUGUUAAAUCUAAAGUACAACGAGAUAAAGAAUAUAAAAAACGAAUAACGAACAAUAAUAGUAAGCAUGGUGAAGGUUUCUUGCCCUCGCCAUUUCUUGGAUCAUUGAGUUCAGUAACAUUUUCCUUUCGCUGA